AUGUCUACCGGACUUAUGCCCGUCGACGAGGUGUCAGGCUUCUACGACACCAGCCGACACCAACUCUCGCUAUCGGCCAAGGGGAGCGUCCAACCCAAGACGAAUGAUAUAUGUUUCAAGCGAUCCAAAGCGUCUUCCUCAUUUUCUUCUUCUUCAUCGGGGACAAAUGAACCCGUAUUUGAGCUCGUCGGCACCACGUACGCCAUCAUGGGCUCCAAGCGGCCCUACAACGUCCAGCAGCGCGAGGACGGCGUGGCGCUCCGCCAGGGCCAGGACGUCUUUGUCAAGACGGCUAACAACCCGGCUGGCGAGGCCAUCAAGGUCUUUUGGGGUGGUGGUGGUUUGGCGAAUACCGCCGACUCUGGGGAGGUUUAG